AUGAGUGUCAUCCUUUGCACGGCGGGUUACGACCAUACUAUUCGCUUUUGGGAAGCGUUGUCGGGCAUCUGCUCGCGCACCAUCCAACAUCCGGAUUCGCAAGUGAAUCGCCUCUGCAUCACACCCGAUAAGCGUUACUUAGCAGCAGCCGGUCAUCACAAUGUCAAGCUUUACGAUAUCAAAUCGACAAACCCGAACCCAAUCAUGACAUUUGAUGGGCACACAAGCAACAUUACUGGGGUAGCAUUUCACUGCGAAGGAAAGUGGAUGGUGACCAGCUCCGAAGAUGGGACUGUUAAGGUGUGGGAUACACGGACUGGCAGUUUACAACGCAAUUACGCGCAUAGAGCUCCUGUGAACGACGUGGCUAUCCAUCCUAAUCAAGGAGAGUUGGUCAGUGGUGACCGUGCUGGAAUCGUUCGUGUCUGGGACUUGGGAGAGAGCGUAUGCACGCAUCAAUUGAUUCCCGAGGAGGACGUAGCGGUUCAGAGUGUCAGCGUUGCCAGUGAUGGCUCUUUACUGUGCGCUGGAAACAAGAAGGGUAACGUUUACAUCUGGCGAAUGAUCCAGGAUGUUGAAGUGACCCGGAUUGUCCCUAUCUGCACCUUCCAAGCACACAAAGACUACCUGAUCCGCAUCCUUUUAUCACCAGACGUCAAACACCUUGCAACUUGCUCAGCGGACCAUACAGCCAAAGUUUGGAACCUCGAUUACGACUAUCCCCCGGCAAAAAUGGCCGCUGCGGCUGCCGCUAAGGGCAAGGCCAAAGUUAUCAGUGGAGCCGAGACAAACAGUUCCACGUCACCAACAGCGGAGAGUACAGACCCAGCAGUAAUUCAAGAAAGAAACAGGAUUCAGGACCUGAACGCCUUCCGCAUAGUCGCUGGAUCACGAGCGCCAGCUGAAGAGCCUCCGAACCCGUUCCCUGCACAACCAGAUGGGCCACCAAUGGAUCCUACGACAGGCACUCCUUUCUUGGAAACGGUCCUGAGCCAGCACCAGCGGUGGGUUUGGGACUGUGCAUUCUCUGCUGAUUCAGCCUAUUUGGUUACGGUGUCUAGUGAUCACUACGCUCGUCUUUGGGAGUUGAACACUGGGCAGGUCAUUCGUCAGUAUAACGGACACCAUCGCGGGGCGGUAUGUGUGGCAUUGAACGAUUAUUCUGAGCCUCGGUAA